UCUGCGUAAGAUGUGAUACUAUGUGUACUUUGGAAGGCGAAGAAUUGGCUAGAAAACUGCACCGGGUACUUGAAAUUUGGAUUAGACAUUCGUAGCUUUAUGGACCGCGAAUUGCUGGAAAUGUCCCAUAAGCAUGUAAAGUUGGUUGUGAACAACAAUCGGCAUGAAAGGGAGGAGCCCCUUGUUGUACGGUGAAUUGUGAGGCUCGUCAGUGUCAACCCAUGGCUGUGACCCGGAUAAGGCGGCUGGUCACUCUUACCACACUUGUCACCGCACUUGCCACGGUAUUGGUCACUCCUCCUGUGAGGGGGUUUGCCGUCUGCCAGCAACACAGCCAAACAGAUAAGAGAAGAUUACAUUUUGACGGAGGUGACUUUAAAGUUGUGGGUUACCAGCAAGAGCGCACAGAGGUCAACUGCGGGGCGCACGACUUUUGCAACGUCAGUUGGACAAAGGGUGGCCAGCCUGUGCGGACAACUGACAAUAUCCAACUUAUCGAUCGGAACCAGAAGUUGCAGUUCAAGGAGCUGAGCUACGGGGAUGGGGGCGUUUACGUUUGUGAGGCAUCAGAUGGCAGGACCUCCAUCAGACGGACUUUCACGUUGUAUGUCACAUGUCGGGAUUGCAUAAGCAAGUUUGAGCCCAUCAAUCUCCACCACCAGCGCUGCCUGAAUGCCAGCGCCAACAUCGGAGGGGUUGUCACAUUCACUUGCGAGUUCCACAUCGGGUCGCUGGACUGCCCCUCAGUUUCCGGAAGCCCCAACUUUGGGAGUUGGUUGAAGGUCAACAAGUCAGCUGCCGAGGAUGACUUGCUGCACAGAUACCUGAGGCUGAAUGAGAUACCUGGUUCCACUGCAUUUAAUGUCACGGAAUAUCGACUGGAAAAACUGGUUGAAAAUGGGGCAGUGUGCAACUAUUCCGACUGUCGCUACAUCUUUGGUUUCAAACUGGAGGUCAAGAACAUCUCGGAGAAUGCCUUCGGGACAUACAAGCUGUCCGUCCACAACUGCGGUUGGCAAAAAGCCACAGAUGUGGAGUUGAUGUAUGCUCCACCCACUCACCAACCAGAAGUGCUUCCAGAGGACUGGCAUCAUCACUUGACCAUCCCUUUAGUCUGCCUUGUUGUGAUAACUGGUAUUCUCCUGCUGGCCUGGCAUCGGGUUAACACUGAUGUCAAGUUGAAGUGGAAAGACUUUGCCGGCAAAAGGGAUGACUCCAAGUCCUAUGAUGUCUACCUGUCCUAUGACUGGAGCUCCGAGCAGGACCAGAGCUUUGCCAUCAGCCUAGCCAGACGCCUGGGGGAACUUGGCUACAAAGUACUGUGGGAGAUCCACUGUUUGCCUGGUGGAGAUACCGAUGAAGACAUUCUGCAAAUGCUGGAGACGAGCUGCCGUUGUGUCAUAAUAUUCAGCCCGGACUACCUGUCUUCCCGCCGCAACUUGGAUGUCAUCUUUGCCAUGGACAACGCCAAGAAUUACAAGCGAGAGAUCAUCCCCGUUGUCUACCGUGACAUCUCAGGUGUGGCAGGGGAGGAGCAGAGUGCCCUUGUGAGGCAGAUCCUGUCCCUGCCAUGCCUGCGCUACGAUCGGAUCCCCUCGCCGCCACUGGGCAAAGUGCAGAAAGUGGUCCGCAGCCUGAUGCACUCGCCGUACUCGGAGAAGUCGCUACACAAGGAGCUGCUGCUCCGACUGCCACCGAGAAGGCAGGCGCGGCCCCCAAGCCACGGGGCGUCCGACCUGGACCUCAUCUCGGCUGAGGUCCCCCAGCACGUUUCGUCCAGGGAGAGCGUCAGUCAGUACCCAUCGCCCCCCACUUGUGAACCCCCUCCCAGCACCGCCAUCAGUAACGGCCAACUUUUUCCAGUCUGCGAAGAACCCAAUGCAGGUGUACCCCCAGGCCCAGUGGGCUCAAAACUGUACCCUGACAUCACAGGGUUGACCAACAUGGAGCUGAUUCCUUUCUGAGGCUCAUUUGUCAGUGGUUUACAACGUCUGAAGAAGUCAGUUCAGUUCUUCAAUCUAAGUCUGCCUUUUGUUCCAAAGGUCUCCUCUGAAAUCAAGUUUUGCAUAUGAUGUUGAUUGAGAAACAUUCUGUGCUGUCAGAUGAGAGAUUGGACCAGCAUUGAAGCAUCAUUGGCAUAUCAAGUGAUCUGCCAACAUAAAUGCCAUGCAGGCUUGCGUAUUCUCAGAUGAUAAUAACUUAUGCGUAUUCAUUGGAAUGGAGGCAGACCGGUGCACACUUGCGAUGUGUCAACCCUAUUAGAUGUGGCACGGCUUGAAAACCGCGCUCUCCUAUCCAUGCAUUGAGUCUGUGUAGCGAUAAGUCCCUGAUCGUGCUGUGUAUUCUCUCGUGAAUGGGCAUUUUAACAUUAUUUAAAAACUGUCCUGUGUUUAAAGUCUUGUACUGAGAAAAUCUAUGUGUACUUAUUCUUUCAAGACUGGACCAGGAAAAUGGACACUGAUAGUGGCUGAAUCAAAGGCAAGGGUACCUUUCAAGUCAACAAAGUCAAAACAAGCUUUAAAAAUUAUAAAUUUUCAAUAAUUUUGUUCAAACAUUCACUUAAUGUUUUUCAUAAUCCCUCUAACCAUGUUAUGGUAUGUGAGGGCAGUCAUAAACAAUCUCCUUAUACAGAAAUUGCCACGUGUGUGGUCACUGCAUGAGUUGGCACACAGCCAGCUGGUGUUCCAUCAAGCAUUUUAAGACCAGCCACAUUAUUGGCUCUCAACCAGUAGGAAUGGCCACACUAAGGUAUUUUGAAUGCUGGUUAAUGUACACUAAUGCUACAUUUUGCCAUUUAGUCAUAUCUCUUUAACACUGCUUAAGAAAAAUCAAGGGAGAAAACUCUUUCUCUUGUAAUUUGCGUGAAACUUUUUGUUUUUACAAAUCGACGACUAAAUUCAUUCUUAAUCUGAUUGACAAAGAAAAGGUUUAGUGUUGGUAGCUUUUUGCAAAUGCUGCAGUAUUUACUAGGAUUUGAUCUUACCAUCAUUAUCUGAAAAUGGCCAAGUAUAUUAAUUGCCUUUUCCCACUAAAUCUUUACAUACUACAUGUAUCAUAUUUUCACAAUGUUUGGUAUUUCUUAGGAACACCGUCACAAAACAACUUCAGUGCAUCCAAACUGCUUGGUAGGUUUUGAAAUGUUAGAAGUCAAAGCCAAAGGCAUAAGAUUGUUGGUACUUAUUUUUUCUCAGUACUGUCAUGCAUUCCACCAAUCCGUUUUCCCUGUAUAGAGUAAGAAUCAUGCCUUAAAAUACUCCGUGCAUUGGCAUCUUGAAAUGCGACACUACCAGAUGUCAGAUAUAGCAGUGACACUUUAAGCUUUUAACAUGAAAUUUAAUGGCACUUUGGCUUAAUUUAAUUAUGCCCCUGCAAACGUCAUUUGCUUGAAACACUUAGGAAUGUUUCUCACAGACUGUAGGUUUUGGCACAACAUUUGGUAAAUUGGAAGUUUUAGAAACUGAGUGUGUGUAGUUGAUGUCUGAACAAUAUUUGUUUUAAAUCUGUGAUAGUGCUAAUUAUUGGACUACUUGAAAGUGGGAGUUACCUUGCUGAAAUAGUACUUGUAUUUUUGCUUCCUCGCCUUUUGUGGGGGAAAUUCUGUUUUGCGCAAUGAGAUAAUUUAUUUGUGUAUUGUGAAAAUUCUGAAAGUCGUACAUGUGCUAUAUUUCUUGAAGGAACCAGAUUUUAAUGCCAUGCUUAUUUUUAAAUUGUUUUUAUCAAUUAAACAUUUAAGUGAUCAAGUUUUGUGAAUUUGGCAAACCUUGUGGAUUAAAUGGAAAGAAUUUCAGAAGUAUUUGAUUUUUGUCAUUCAGUCAUCGUGUGCAUGAGCCUUUUUAAAAUACGAGGUGCUUUUAAAAAAUAAAUCCAACUGUGGUAAUGGAAAUUUGUUACUUCUCAUUUGAAUGUCUAAUUUGGAUGUCAUCAGUACAUAUUUUUUGAAACUCAGAUUCUAAUGUAUUGAAACUGCCAAAAGCACCACCCAUUGGGAUGAAUCUUCCCAAUUUCCACCUGGAAUGUAGGGGAAAUGAGAGCUUUUAUUUUUGAAUUAUCUCGUGGGGAUGAUUUUUAAGGUAUUUUGUGACAAGUGCUGAAGUGAUCGUUGCCUUUGUGUACUUAAUAGUAAGCACUGAAAGGUCAAGGGAAUAAAGUUUUGAAGUCUGAAGUUGA